UACUUAAAAAGGAUCUACUAGUGCUUGCUUAUUAUUUUCUUGAUCAUGACUCAUGAUCUGACCUACAUGUUCCAAUUAUUAUUUUCCCAACUGAUCAAAUUAUAUAUGGUGGCUUCUGAUAUUCUUUCCUUUUCCUAAUGUAAUAUAAAUUGAUGCAGAAAUUGAAGUCUAGAGUGGCAAAAAAUGACUGCAAUCCUGAGUGGAACGAUGAAUUGACUCUUUCUAUUAAGGAUCUUAAUGUUCCCAUCACUCUAACAAUGUAUGACAAAGACACACUUACUGUGGAUGACAAAAUGGGUGAUGCUAAGAUAGACCUAAAACCAUAUAUUGAGUGUUUGAAGAUGGGAUUGGAGAAUCUCCCAAAUGGCUUUGCAGUUAAGAAAGUUCAACCGAGCUCGACAAAUUGCCUUGCCGGGGAGAGCACUUGUGUUCGGAACAAUGGGAAAAUUGUCCAGGAUAUGAGACUCAAACUAAGAAAUGUGGAGUCCGGGGAGGUGUCGAUCCAACUUGAGUGGAUUGAUAUUAGUGGUUGUGAAGGCCUGUAAACUUAAGAGCUAAAUGAAACUGUUGUUAGUCUAUGAUAUAUUGUUUAGGUUUAAAGCUUUAAUAUCAAGGGGUACUUGAAAUGUGUUUGAUGUAUAAGUCUAUUUGAUAAUAAAAUAAAAUAAACUUUUAUGGAA